AUGCAUGGGAGAGAGCUAGCUCUGGUUGUGGCUUGUCUGGGGUUGUUCGCAGCAGUCGAUGCAAGGCGCAAACUUAAGCGGGACCACCAGGAGAUAUUAACAGCUUAUGAUGCAUCCGGCGGUGAUGACGACUAUAGUGAGUUGGAGCCUUGUCAAUGUGGCGUUUUUAUGUCACAACAAAUGGGUUUUAAAGAUGGCCGCCGCACGAAGCCAAAAGGCCCACCAACCGGCGAGCCAGUAGUGACGUACGACACAGAUGGACCUAGCCUGCCCUGCGGUUCAAUUGGACAAAAACAUUGUGUCAGCACUUGUCUAGAUGUGAUACUAAAGUACCUGCCGCGAGCCGGCCCAGUGAUUUGCGGCGCAGUAGAGCGAGACGUGCACCGCGAGAGGGCGUUCCUUUUCAUCAGAAACUGCGGAGGUGAAUGGAAUCCGACUAAUUUCUCUGCAGGCAAGGAGUUCUGUUGCACGGAUGGCCAGCAUCAUAAGUGCUGA